CCCGUACCUUGUAAUAUAAGCCUUGGUGUUCACCUGCUUUCCUUCCUGAGCGAUGGUGGCCAGCCUCGAGCUUUGCACACCCCCCACCUCCAGGGGCCAAGGCAACGGACUGGGUACCACUAUCCACACUAGUUCCACAGUAGUGAUCUGCUCCUCGCCAGGGCCCUCUCAUGAGGAACCGGUCAUUCAGAGCGAUUGAGUCACAAAGCCUGAGAGGGUUUAGGGAGCGCAGGGCGGGGACGUCCCCACCCCAAGGCUGAGUGACGCCCGCAGUCACUUCACAAGGCAGAAAUUGUUACCCGGCAAUAAAAGUCAUCGCGGCUCUAGGACCUUGGGAGUGGGCACAUGGGGGCACGGGGGUGCAGGUGCCAAGCACCAUGGGUUAGGCCCGAGAUCGGAGUCCGGCCGCCCCCCCGACAGCAGCCGCCUCCUGCUCCCCGCGCGCCCCGGGCGCCACCAUGUCGGGCGACAAGCUCCUGAGCGAACUUGGCUAUAAGCUGGGCCGCACAAUAGGUGAGGGCAGCUACUCCAAGGUGAAGGUAGCCACCUCCAAGAAAUAUAAAGGGACGGUGGCCAUCAAGGUGGUGGACCGUCGGCGAGCGCCUCCGGACUUCGUCAACAAGUUCCUGCCUCGAGAGCUGUCCAUCUUGCGGGGAGUACGGCACCCGCACAUCGUGCACGUCUUCGAGUUCAUCGAGGUGUGCAACGGGAAGCUGUACAUCGUGAUGGAAGCAGCAGCCACCGACUUGCUGCAGGCAGUGCAGCGAAACGGGCGCAUCCCGGGGUCACAGGCGCGCGAACUCUUCUCUCAGAUCGCGGGUGCCGUGCGCUACCUGCACGACCACCACCUGGUGCACCGCGACCUCAAGUGCGAAAACGUGCUGCUGAGCCCUGACGAGCGCCGCGUCAAGCUCACAGAUUUCGGUUUCGGCCGCCAGGCACACGGCUAUCCAGACCUGAGCACCACCUACUGCGGCUCGGCCGCUUAUGCGUCACCUGAGGUGCUCCUGGGCAUCCCCUACGACCCCAAGAAAUACGACGUAUGGAGCCUGGGCGUUGUGCUCUACGUCAUGGUCACCGGGUGCAUGCCCUUCGAUGACUCGGACAUUGCUGGCCUGCCCCGGCGCCAGAAGCGCGGCGUGCUCUACCCCGACGGCCUCGAACUGUCGGAACGAUGCAAAUCCUUGAUCGCCGAGCUGCUACAGUUCAGCCCAUCCGCCCGCCCCUCGGCGGGUCAGGUGGCGCGCAAUGGCUGGCUGCGGGCCGGGGACUCCGGCUAGGAGCCGGGGUUCUCGCUGUUCCCGCCGCACCAGGCCCUGAGCCAGGGCGGCGCACGCGCAACCGGCGAGCUUCGGGAAACCCGCGAAGUCGCCGCGCGCCACUGCGCGCGCGCCCUGUCCCUUCCCCUCCCACCACGGCGGCGGCCCACAGAGGCCCGCUGUUGGAUUCUGGUUCCUCCUGCACAACCCGAUUGCUGGAGGGCUCAUGCGCACCCUCGAUUUCUGGCGAGGAGGCCCCGAGAGGGGCGCGAAGAGAAGAGAGAGAAGCAUUGCGCCUGCGCGGAAUGAGCUUCUGCUGCCCGGUGGGUGGCAGUGGAGCGGAGAAGCUGCGGGCCCACGGUGCACUCCAAGUGCCAGGUUGGAACCUGCAAUAAAUUCGCUUUUCCUCGCAAGUGGCUUUAGCGGUGGACCCUUGUUACGGAGCAGACGGGAGGGGAGAUCUCAGCACUUUAGAGAAAGCCAUGUAUGUGGCAACUCCAGCGCCAAACCUCAAAAGGGAGUUGUGGGAUUCGAAUCUGCACUCCAAACUGGAAAAACUUCUAGAGGUUCUGUAAUCGUUCCCUGGGAUGUGAUGAUGCUUGAAUUGGGAUUGGCAUGGGGGAAGGAGGGGACUACCUGUCGGCAGAAAAUGAGCAUUUACAGAUGUGGAAACUGAGGCCCACACAGGUGUCAACUGUGCAGACACAGCUAUUAUUUGUAGUCAGGUCUCUUGAAGCCUAGGGUGAUGGAAGAGUUUGCAGGCAGAGAGCAGACCCAGCUACUGGUGCUGUUUUCUUUGCUGUUGGUGGUGAUGGUGGUUUGUGUGCGUGUCACGCUAGACCACGGCUUGCUUACUCCAGACAUCUCACUAUGCAGCCAGGCUGGCAUGGAACUUGGACUCUCCUGCCUACGCUUCUCAAGUUCGGGAUGACAGGUGUGGAGCCAAGUUCUGCAUGUCUUGAACCUUAACUGAGACUCCAAGAGACUUGAACCAUCUUUGCCUUCAACAAGGAUUCAAGUACAAUGCCAAGUAAAAUAAGACAAGAUGUGGAAAUAAUUGUAAAUUGUGAGGAAUGCCAGGUGGGGCGGGGUAUUCAGGGAGAGACUGUUUAGCUGUUUUGAGGCUGUUGCCCAAACCACUAAAAAUGGCACAGGAUGCUGGGAGUGUGGUACAUGCCUUUUAAUCCCAGCACUGGGGACGCAGAGGCAGGUGGAUCUCUGUGAGUUUGAGGCUCACCUAGUUUACAAAGUGAGUUUCAGGACAGCCAGGGCUACACAGAGAAACCCUAUUUCAAACACACACACA